AGCCGACUGAAAUAAUCCGUUCCCCCUUCCGUAACAUGGGAAAAAAAUUUACCAGCAGGUCUCUAACUCUGUUUAUUCUUUUCGUCGACAACAAUAAAUCAUGCGAGCUCGAAAGCAUUUGCUCCUUAUUUGACAAAGUUCGUUCUUGCCGAAAAAUUGAUCAGAAGCGCCGUGGGGGGAAAAAAAAGGUCACAUCCGUCACUUCCGCCUCUCUGGCUGCAAUGCGCGCUCCCGACCCAGGGGGAGCAGAUGUUCGCAGGGGAGCAGGAAUCCACACAUCUUGUUACCUCAAGUCUGCUGUGAACAGUUUCCUCGAGGGAUUUAUUUGUUGCGUCCUCUUUCAAGAUGGCGUCGACGAGUCAUUCGAAAUUAGUUUUCAAGCUCCUGUGCGACAAUGACGGUUGUUUAGAGGUAAGGCAGCUGAACGCGAAGCUCGCGCAAAACAGCUUCGGAGUUAAGCUGGCGAACCUGCGUUCGGUUCUUUUCGACGACGGUAAAAUUGCGAUCCGGGAGGGCAGGCAGCGGGCUCCCGGGGGGAACUUCAGGCCUGACAGUCUGGUUGUGGCUAAAACCAGCUUGAGGCUUUGCCAGAGGAAAGCUGGGGAGUGCGGACAUUGUGAUGGUUUGCACUUGUGCAGGUAUUUUGUUUGCGGAGGAUGCACCUUCGGACCCAAGUGUAAAAAUCCACACAGUUUGGCUUCUUCACACAACGCUGGUCUUUUGCAAAGGUUUGGCCUUCAGGAUUUGUCAGAGAAACAACUUUUCCAGCUUUUACUGCAGAAUGAUCCUUUUCUGCUUCCUGAGGUCUGUCCACAUUACAACAAGGGUGAUGGUCCGUUUGGCUCCUGCCGAUUCUCCACCUCCUGCACAAAGCUCCAUGUUUGCCUGCAUUCACUCCAGGGUGACUGCAGGUAUGGCUCAAGAUGCAAGAGAACCCAUUCCAUUGGACAAGGAAUGAAGCUGUUCAAAGGAUUCAGUCAGGAAAAUAUUCAAAACCUUUACAAGAUCUACAGGAAUAAAUUAAUCAUCACUGGACAAUGUGGACAGCACGAGACUCCAGCUGCUGCUGCUGGUCCAGUGUUUCCAGAGGUGACAUUCAGUCAUAAGCUGCCUUCCCUUCAGCCUCCCCUAAUGAGACUUGGAAGUCCCACCAACUCUGUCAGUCCUUUAAAACCUAACAGUGAAGGUGAAAGGAAUGAGAUCUGCCUCUUUAAUAUUCGCAAAAACUGCAGCUUCAAAGAGAAAUGUGUGCGCGUCCACUGGAACCUACCGUACAAAUGGGAGGUGUUACACAGUGACGGUGUUACUUGGAAUCAGUUGCCUUUUAUGGAAGAAGUUGAAAAGGCAUAUUCUGACCCAACAUGCAAAACUAGCUCGGAUCCACUGCUGUCGAGUCAAAAUCUUGGAUCUAACAAUAAGCGGCAUGUUGAUUUUAACACAAUGACCUACAAAGGGUCUCCAGUUCGUCGCCUGUCCACGGCUUCUUCCGUCCUACAUCCGCCACACUACAUUCUGACAACUCAGUGGAUUUGGUACUGGGAGGAAGACAGUGGUUUAUGGAUCGAGUAUGGAAAGGGUGGAGGAGACACCACAGUGACUUCUGAAAGUCUGGAGAAAAUGUACCUGGCAGACAAGGAUGCAGAGAUCACUUUCCAGGCAGGCAAACAUAAAUACACCUUGCAUUUCAAAGGUGCAGAAGGAAGCCAGACGAUGUUCCAACAGAAUUUAAAACAUAAAACUAAGAGAGAGAUUCGAAGGAGGCCUCGCUUUGUGUCGCCUCAGGAUGUGAAUGACAUCAAGAGUGGAUCGUCACAAAGCUCCUGCUCCACAGCUGAACAUAUUCCACCCUACUGGGACAAGAAGGCCCUGCCUGAUUUGAGUUAUAAGCUCGUGCUCCUCUCCAGAGUUGAUCCAGAUUAUAAAAUUGAGGAGGAUUUCAGACGCACCAUGCCACGCAGUAGAAUUGAAAGCAUUGAAAGAAUCCAGAACCCGUCUUUGUGGAAAGUCUUUCAAUGGCAGAAGGACCAGAUGCAGAAGAGGAAUGGAGGGAAACGUGUGGACGAGAAACUUCUGUUCCACGGCACAGAAGAGAGCCUGGUUGAUGCCAUUUGUGAUCAAAACUUUGACUGGAGGAUGUGUGGCGUCCACGGAACAGCCUAUGGGAAAGGGAGCUACUUUGCCAGAGAUGCCUCCUACUCAGACAAAUAUUCUAAAACCCAAGGGAGUCUGAACAAGAUCAUGUUUGUUGCUCGAGUGCUGGUGGGUGAAUACACAAAGGGAAGCAGCAGCUACGUUCGACCACCACCAAAAGCAGGAAGCAAAGCUCUUUAUGACAGCUGCGUUAAUUCUGAAACAGAUCCCAGCAUAUUUGUGAUCUUUGAAAAACAGCAGAUUUAUCCUGAGUAUUUAAUCAAGUACAGAUGAGAAAACCAAUGCUUUAUAUUCCUUUUGCUAAAGGGAAAUAAAUACAAAUAGGUAACUUUUUAGCUGCCUGAAGUCCAAUAGACACAAGGGAACAUUUUGCUGGGUAUCUUUGUUCUUUCCAAAGCAUGCAGUCUGGAUUUCUUUGUGUAUUUUGUACUUAUUGCUCAAUAACUCUUUUUUUCAUAACCUUGGACGACUACAUGUCUGUCGGGACUCUUGCCUAAAUAAAUAAGUAAAUAGUAUUUUGCAAAUA